GAUGAUGUUGAUUAUAGCAGUGUUGAAUAUGACGAAGAAAUUGGUGAUUGUAAACAAGUAUUAAUUAUUAGAACAGAUUUAGGUAUGACUAAGGGUAAAAUCAUUGCACAAUGUUGUCAUGCAACUUUAGGUGCCCGUCAAAAAGCUUUAAGUACAAAUAAAAAAGAAUUAUUACAAUGGGAAGUUUUUGGUGCUGCUAAAAUUACAUUAAAAGCAAAUAGUGAAGCCGAAUUAUUUGAAUUAAGAGAUAAAGCUAAAAAAGAAGGUGUUGUAAAUUAUUUAGUUUUAGAUGCUGGUCACACUCAAAUUCCAUCUGGAUCAGCCACUGUUCUUGCUAUUGGUCCAGCUCCAAAAGCCAAAGUUGAUGCUGUUGCAAAACAUUUAAAACUUUAUUAA